AUGGACAAUUCUCAGUCUGACAGUGAACGCAGUUUUCAUGACAGUGAACUCAGUUUUCAUGGCAGUGAACUCAGUUUUCAUGGCAGUGAACUCAGUUUUCAUGACAGUGAACGCAAUUUUCAUAGCAGUGAUAGCAGUUCUGAUGGUGAAGACAGUUCUGAUGGUGAAUGCAGUUCUGAUGGUGAAGACAGGGUUGAUGGUGAAUGCAGUUUGGAUGGUGAACGCAGUUCCGACAGUGAAUUGAAUUCUGAAGAACCCCCCAGAAAGAAAUAUAAAAUUUCGAGUCUUACAUACGGAAGAACAAAGAUUCAUGAUGCCGUUUCCUGUUGGGAUAUUAUUACUCUAAAAGAGAUUCUUCAGAAUGAAACGCAUUUGGUAGAUGUGCAAGACAAAUACGGAAAGACAGCCUUACACAUAGCUGCCGAACAAGGGAAUAAGCAAAUAGCAUUACUGCUUUUGUUGUUCGGUGCUGAUAUGAGCCUGCAAGAGCAAGCGGGCAUGACCGCUCUCCAUAUAGCUUUGAAACAUAGCUACGAAGAAACAGCAAAAGUUCUUACCAACGCAGAAGCGAAGAAUGACAUACAAGAUAAAAAUGGUAAGACUGCCUUGCAUUAUGCAACAGAAAAGAAAUACAUAGAAGUUGUGAAGAAACUUUUAGCUGCUGGUGUUAAUACCCGACUUCAAGACAAAUCGGGAAAGACGGCCCUCCAUGUAGCUUUGAAAGAGCGUAGCCAAGAUGCAGCAGAAUUGCUUGUCCAGGCAGACUCUACAAACAACAUUCAAGAUAAGGAUGGAAAGACUGCAUUACAUUAUGCAUCAGAAUGGGAUUAUGAAGAAGUUGUAAGGAAGCUGUUGGCUUCAGGUGCUAAUACCCGUCUUCAAGACGACACGGGAAAGACGGCCCUCCAUGUAGCUUUAAAAGAGCGCAGCGAAGAGGCAGCAGAAUUGCUUGUCGAGGCAGACUCUACAAACAACAUUCAAGAUAAGGAUGGAAAGACUGCAUUACAUUAUGCAUCAGAAUGCGUUUAUGAAGAAGUUGUAAGGAAGCUGUUGGCUUCUGGUGCUAAUACCCGUCUUCAAGACGAAGCGGGAAAGACGGCCCUCCAUGUAGCUUUAAAAGAGCACAACAAAGAGGCAGCAGAAUUGCUUAUCGAGGCAGACUCUACAAACAACAUUCAAGAUAAGGAUGGAAAGACUGCAUUACAUUAUGCAUCAGAAUGGGAUUAUGAAGAAGUUGUAAGGAAGCUGUUGGCUUCAGGUGCUAAUACCCGUCUUCAAGACGACACGGGAAAGACGGCCCUCCAUGUAGCUUUAAAAGAGCGCAGCGAAGAGGCAGCAGAAUUGCUUGUCGAGGCAGACUCUACAAACAACAUUCAAGAUAAGGAUGGAAAGACUGCAUUACAUUAUGCAUCAGAAUGCGAUUAUGAAGAAGUUGUAAGGAAGCUGUUGGCUUCUGGUGCUAAUACCCGUCUUCAAGACGAAGCGGGAAAGACGGCCCUCCAUGUAGCUUUAAAAGAGCACAACAAAGAGGCAGCAGAAUUGCUUAUCGAGGCAGACUCUACAAACAACAUUCAAGAUAAGGAUGGAAAGACUGCACUACAUUAUGCAUCAGAAUGGGAUUAUGAAGAAGUUGUAAGGAAGCUGUUGGCUUCAGGUGCUAAUACCCGUCUUCAAGACGACACGGGAAAGACGGCCCUCCAUGUAGCUUUAAAAGAGCGCAGCGAAGAGGCAGCAGAAUUGCUUGUCGAGGCAGACUCUACAAACAACAUUCAAGAUAAGGAUGGAAAGACUGCAUUACAUUAUGCAUCAGAAUGCGAUUAUGAAGAAGUUGUAAGGAAGCUGUUGGCUUCAGGUGCUAAUACCCGUCUUCAAGACGACACGGGAAAGACGGCCCUCCAUGUAGCUUUAAAAGAGCGCAGCGAAGAGGCAGCAGAAUUGCUUGUCGAGGCAGACUCUACAAACAACAUUCAAGAUAAGGAUGGAAAGACUGCAUUACAUUAUGCAUCAGAAUGCGAUUAUGAAGAAGUUGUAAGGAAGCUGUUGGCUUCAGGUGCUAAUACCCGUCUUCAAGACGACACGGGAAAGACGGCCCUCCAUGUAGCUUUAAAAGAGCGCAGCGAAGAGGCAGCAGAAUUGCUUGUCGAGGCAGACUCUACAAACAACAUUCAAGAUAAGGAUGGAAAGACUGCAUUACAUUAUGCAUCAGAAUGCGAUUAUGAAGAAGUUGUAAGGAAGCUGUUGGCUUCUGGUGCUAAUACCCGUCUUCAAGACGAAGCGGGAAAGACGGCCCUCCAUGUAGCUUUAAAAGAGCACAACAAAGAGGCAGCAGAAUUGCUUAUCGAGGCAGACUCUACAAACAACAUUCAAGAUAAGGAUGGAAAGACUGCAUUACAUUAUGCAUCAGAAUGCGAUUAUGAAGAAGUUGUAAGGAAGCUGUUGGCUUCUGGUGCUAAUACCCGUCUUCAAGACGAAGCGGGAAAGACGGCCCUCCACGUAGCUUUAAAAGAGCACAACAAAGAGGCAGCAGAAUUGCUUAUCGAGGCAGACUCUACAAACAACAUUCAAGAUAAGGAUGGAAAGACUGCAUUACAUUAUGCAUCAGAUCGCUUUUGUUGUAAAGAAGUUGUAAGGAAGCUGUUGGCUUCUGGUGCUAAUACCCGUCUUCAAGACGAAGCGGGAAAGACGGCCCUCCAUGUAGCUUUAAAAGAGCGCAGCGAAGUGGCAGCAGAAUUGCUUGUCGAGGCAGACUCUACAAACAACAUUCAAGAUAAGGAUGGAAAGACUGCAUUACAUUAUGCAUCAAAACGCGAUUAUGAAGAAGUUGUAAGGAAGCUGUUGGCUUCAGGUGCUAAUACCCGUCUUCAAGACGACACGGGAAAGACGGCCCUCCAUGUAGCUUUAAAAGAGCGCAGCGAAGAGGCAGCAGAAUUGCUUGUCGAGGCAGACUCUACAAACAACAUUCAAGAUAAGGAUGGAAAGACUGCAUUACAUUAUGCAUCAGAAUGGGAUUAUGAAGAAGUUGUAAGGAAGCUGUUGGCUUCAGGUGCUAAUACCCGUCUUCAAGACGACACGGGAAAGACGGCCCUCCAUGUAGCUUUAAAAGAGCGCAGCGAAGAGGCAGCAGAAUUGCUUGUCGAGGCAGACUCUACAAACAACAUUCAAGAUAAGGAUGGAAAGACUGCAUUACAUUAUGCAUCAGAAUGCGAUUAUGAAGAAGUUGUAAGGAAGCUGUUGGCUUCAGGUGCUAAUACCCGUCUUCAAGACGACACGGGAAAGACGGCCCUCCAUGUAGCUUUGAAAAAAUUUAACAAAAUGUCAGCAGAACUGCUUGUCGAGGCAGACUCUACAAACAACAUUCAAGAUAAGGAUGGAAAGACUGCAUUACAUUAUGCAUCAGAAUGCGAUUAUGAAGAAGUUGUAAGGAAGCUGUUGGCUUCAGGUGCUAAUACCCGUCUUCAAGACGACACAGGAAAGACGGCCCUCCAUGUAGCUUUGAAAGAGCAAAGCCAAAAAGCAGCAGAAGUUCUUGCCGCGGCAGAUGCCGAAAACAACAUAAAAGAUGAAGAUGGAGAGACUGCUUUGCAUUAUGCGUCAGAAAAUUCAUAUGUAGAAGUGGUCAAGAAGCUUUUGUUUUGUGACAUGAAUCCAUGCGUGAAUAAUAAUAAAGGGCUGUACCCUUUGAAAGUGGCUCUGAAUAAAGGAAAUAAUGAUGUUGCAAAAAUUAUUCUUUCGAUGUGUGCUCUGAGAGAUAUUUGUAUUGAUUGGAAAGACGUGGGUCUUGAGAAUGAUAUUAUAACCUACUUUGUAUCACUGCUUUCGGAAUUUGAAGCUGAGUUACAGCGGAUGAAGCAGACAAAGUUGGACAAAAAUAGAUCCUUAUGCUGCUGGGGCCGAUGUCCGGAAUCGCUGAUAGAGGCAGAAGAAGCUGAAGAUUGCUGCAACCCUAGAGUCUCGUCGUGCUUGAUUGGAAAAGUUUUUUCUGCCAUCGCGUAUGACAGCGGAAGCUGCAUCAUCCUGGAGGACGAUACCUUCGAAAAUUGA